AUGGGUGGCCGCGGCCGCGGAAGGGGAGCUGGGCCGGGUACAACGGUUCGAGCAGUUGCCCAUGCUUUGGGUAUAGCCAGGCAGGAUAUGGCGGCCUACACUGCUCAACGGACAAUAGAGGAUCCUCCUGAUUAUCCCACUGUUCAACGAGCUCUCAUACCCCUGGAACUGACCAACGAAUUACAAUACAUUUCAGAAUUGAAGCUUGAAUUAAUUAACAGGUUUCAAGAAUCUCCAUUCUUUUUGGAUAAUGUUCAAGUAAGGGAUAUUAGACGGUAUACUGAUAAGUACAAUGAAAUCCAUCGGGAAAAACUUGAGCCAGGUCAGUUACUAAGAAUAUCGAGUUGA